UUUCGUUGUUUUCCUCGCAGCACGUGCGUUCACGUAGGUGUUCGGUUCUUUUUUGUGUGUUUGCUAAUCAGCUGUUGCUAAGUGCUAACACUGCCUAGUUGGCAGGAGGACUUUUGUUUUGCCGCUGUGUUCAGGGCGUGCCUACGUCCACCAGUGAGUAGCUUAGCAUGCUAACCAUCCCCGCAAGUCCACCGGUAUCGUUUGUUCGUCAGGCUGGGGCCAGUAUAAACCGGCUGGACAUACAUGCAAUCAAUCCAAACUGUCGGCGGUGUAGAACCAUAGAUGACUGGUAGUCUGUGCUGCCGGUCGGAUGCCAACCGCUAGACUCAUCGCUGUAUGGAUUUUAGCUGCAGGCAAUAUUUAGCUAGCUCUAACCCUAGUCGUGAGGUUUCCUCCGUUAUUCCUCUUCACAACGCGCGGCGUAGGUCAUAGCUUGUGUGGCAACGCCAGCAGUGCAGGCAAUGUUUGUGAAGAGAAUACUUGCUUAGCUUGUACAUUAUAGCGUGGUUUAUCCCCGACAGCUAACGAUGGUACACAGAUAGGUUGCGUUCGCGUUAGCAAGUGUUGGCUAUUAGGGGAAUUUUGAUUUUUAAUCACACCGUGCCUCAGGGAUCAUGUACUAGCUACUUGACGGGCUACACGUAAAUGUUGUUGUCGUCCGAGUCGAUGGUUAUCGCUGCUGUUAACUAAUACUGGAGUUAGGCAAGAAAUCACGUUUUCCACACUUUUGGAAAUUUUCUCAAGGUGAAGAUAACAAUUGAAAGAGGCAGCCAUGGAAUUAACAGAAGUAACAUUGGCUAUUCGGGGAACCACAUCUCCCGGAGAAGUCAUAGCAGUUGUUGGCAGUUGUGAGUCUCUGGGAAAUUGGUGUUACCAAAAAGCUGUGACUUUGCAAGCGACGGAGGACGGCACUCUCUGGAAGCAGACCAUCACUGUCCCGCGAGGAACUGAGACAAAAUACCGCUACCUCAAAGGAUUCUUUCUACAACACAAGAGUGCAGGGGGCCCAUGUCAAGUGAUAGUGAAUAGAUGGGAGACCCAUCUGCAUCCCCGAGCAUUGAAACCCUCAGGCGCCAGUCUUCAGGUCAACGAUGGACAAUUCGGAAUCCAUAAUGGUGCCGAGUGUGUGGACUCGGGGUGGCUCACGUGCCAAACGGAGAUUCGGCUGCGUCUGCACUACUCCAUUAAGGCCCCCGUCUCCAUUACCAAGAAGAAAUUCAAGAAGUCACGCUUCAGGAUCAAGCUGACGCUGGAGGGUGUGGAGGAAGAGGAGGAUGAUGAGGAAGAGCAGCAGCAUGCCAGCGUGCCACCACCAUCGUCCCCUCUGCCACCACCGUCACCUGUGCCAUCGUCGCAUGUGCUGCUGUUGCCGCCGUCGACCUCGUCCUCCAUGACCCCGUGGCAGAAGAUGACCACCACGCUGGAGACCAGCAUGAUCACGGCCGACGACUACAAGUCGCGCCACUCGCAGCCCGAGUGCGGCUACGCGCUGGAGCCCGACCGCUGGACUGAGUACGCCAUCCAGACCAUGGACCCGGACAACCUGGAGCUGACGCUGGAGUUCUUUGAGGAGGAUCUGAGCGAGAAGGUGAUGCAGGAUGAUAUGCACCCGGGCCUCUUGGGCACGGCCUGCCUGCUGUCCUCCUCCUUCUUCGAGACUGGAAAGGACUCUGGCGUCACCACCCUGCCCAUCAUGAGCCGCAACUCCAGACACACCAUCGGCAGAGUCAGAGUGGACUACCUGGUGAUCCGGCCCAUUGAGGGUCUGCAGUGUGACAUGAGUUCCUCCUUCACCAAGUACUGGAGGAAGAGGAGCGCUCUGGACGUGGGCCACCGGGGGGCCGGAAGCAGCCACGCCGCCAAGCACCAUAAGAUCAGGGAGAACACCAUCGCCUCGUUCCGCAGCGCCGCCGAUCAUGGGGCUGCCUAUGUGGAGUUUGAUGUCCAUCUCUCCAAGGACUCUGUUCCCAUCGUCUACCAUGACCUCACUUGCUGCAUUUCUACCAAAAAGAAAAACGACAAGUACAAUGUGAUGAUGUUUGAGGUGCCGGUGAAAGACCUGACCCAUGACCAGCUACAGCUUCUAAAGCUGGCUCAUGCAACUGCCAUCAACGCUAAUGACCACAGAGAAAUGGAUGACGAGGAGGAAAUCGACGAGCACCAGCCGUUCCCGACCCUCACUCAGAUCUUCCAUUCGGUUCCGGAGCAUGUGGGCUUCAACAUUGAGCUUAAGUGGAUUUGCCAGAUGAAGGAUGGCAGCUGGGAGGGUAACCUGUCCUCCUACUUCAACAUGAACCCCUUCCUGGACAUCAUCCUGUCCUGUGUGCUGCAGCACGCCGGCAAGAGGCGCAUCCUCUUCUCCUCCUUCCACCCAGACAUAUGCAGCAUGGUUCGCCAGAAGCAGAAUAAGUACCCCAUCCUGUUCCUGACCCAGGGGGUGUCGCAAGUCUACCCAGAGCUCAUGGACAUCCGCUGCCAGAGCACCAAGAUUGCCAUGAGCUUCGCACAGAGUGAGAAUAUACUGGGUAUCAGUGCCCAUACAGAGGAGUUGCUCAAGAGUAUGGAGUGUAUAGGCCAGGCCCAGUCCAAAGGGCUGGUGGUCUUCUGUUGGGGAGACGACAACAACGACCACGAGAACCGGCGCAAACUCAGGGAGCAGGGCAUCGACGGGCUCAUCUACGACGGGAUCUGUGAGGAGCACGUGGAGCAGCCGAACAUCUUCCAGCUGGAGGAGCAGGUGUCGCUGCAGGAGGUGAUCCCCAAGGAGACGCUGCAGAGCUGCAUCUGCCCCUCCUACAGCGCCGGCCAGCCCUGCGACGCCCAGCCCUGCAGCAGCAAGACCCGGGCCGGGAGCGGCGAGUCAGACUCCGGCCUCAGCUCUUCAUGAUGACAGGACACACACACACAUAUAUACACACACACACACACACACACACACACUCACACUCACACUCACACACACACACACACACACACACACACACACACACACACACACACACACACACACACACACACACACACACACACACACACACACACACAGCAUCCAGCCCUGCAGCAGCAAGACCAGGGCCGGGAGCGGCGAGUCAGACUCCGGCCUCAGCUCUUCAUGAUGGACACAUACACACACACACACACACACACACUCACACACACUCACACUCACACUCACACUCACACACACACACACACACUCACACUCACACUCACACACACACACACACACACACACACUCACACUCACACUCACACUCACACACACAGCAUCCAGCCCUGCAACAGCAAGACCAGAGCAGGGAGUCGGGAGUCAGACUCCGGCCUCAGCUCCUCAUGAUGGACACAUACAAAUCUUAAUAAGUAAACAAUUAAAACACACACACACACACACACACACACACACACACACACAUACACGCACACACACACACACACACACACACACACA